ACGGGUGAACUGAACUCCUCCCCCCUCCUGAGGAAUAAUGGUACAGUCCGGACUCCAUUCAAACGGUGCUCUGAGUGAGAGAGUGAGUGACGCGCUUCGCGGGGUCACAACAUGGCUGCCGCUUUAUAUCUAACAAAACAAACCAGAGAGGGAGCGGAGCAGCAGCACGGCGCGCGGGUUAUGUAGGUGUGUUGUGCUGAAGGAGGAGAUGUGAUGGACGCUGCGGAGAGACAGAGAAAGCGGAUGACCAGGGCCUGUAAGCGCUCAGGAGAACACGGGGAACACGUCCCGGUCCUGCGCUCACUGAGCACCGGGAAUGUCCGAGCUCAUAACGACACCGCCGCCGGCGCCAUGGAGGAAGGAGAAAGAGGAGGAGAAGGAGAAGGAGACAACCCGCUGGAGCAGAAGGUGUCGGCGCCGCGGUACAGCCUGGUGCGGGAGGUCGGCCGCGGCAGCUACGGCGUGGUGUACGAGGCGGUGGCGCGGAGCUCCGGCACCGUGGUGGCCGUCAAGAAGCUGCGCUGCGACGCGCCCGAGAACGUGGAGCUGGCGCUGGCCGAGUUCUGGGCCCUGACCAGCCUGGAGAAGCGGCAUGAGAACGUGGUGCAGCUGGAGGAGUGCGUGCUCCAGAGGAACGGCAUGGCGCAGAAGAUGAGUCACGGCAACAAGCGCUCCAGACAGUACCUGCGCCUGGUGGAGACCUCCCUCAAAGGUGAGCGUGUGCUGUCGAGUCCGGAGGAGCCGUGCUACCUGUGGUUCGUGAUGGAGUUCUGCGAAGGAGGCGAUCUGAACCGCUUCGUCCUGUCCCGGCAGCCCGACCCGCACACCAACGCCAGCUUCAUGCAGCAGCUGAGCAGCGCGGUGGCGUUCCUGCACCAGAAUAACAUCGUGCACCGAGACCUGAAGCCAGACAACAUCCUGAUCUCGGAGCGUUCCGGAGCGCCGGUGCUCAAGGUCGCCGACUUCGGGCUGAGUAAAGUGUGCGCAGGACUCGCGUCCGGACCCGGACGUUGCGCCGACGCCGAGGACAAAAACAAACCCGGAGUCAACGUGAACAAGUUCUGGCUGUCGUCGGCGUGCGGGUCGGACUUCUACAUGGCGCCCGAGGUGUGGGAGGGGCACUACACGGCCAAGGCAGACAUCUUCGCCCUCGGCAUCAUCAUCUGGGCCAUGAUCGAGCGGAUCACCUUCAUCGACGGCGAGUCGAAGCGCGAGCAGCUCGGGACGUAUGUACGCCAGGGCACAGACAUUGUACCUGUAGGCGAGGCGCUGCUCGAGAACCCGAAGAUGGUUCUGAGCAUCCCGCAGCGGCGGCGCUCGCACAUGUCCUCCGACCUCCGCAGACUCCUGCGGGACAUGCUCGCCGUCAACCCGCAGGACCGACCCGAUGCUCAGGAGCUCCACGGCAGGAUCAAUCGCGUCAUCUGUGCUGGAUGAUCUCUCACAUCUCUCUCUCUCUCUCUCUCUCGCACACAAACUCUCUCUCUCUCUCUCUCUCACACACACACACACACACACACACACACAAAGGUAUGUCUUAAAAAUGAAUUGAAAGUUUGUUUCUCUUGAAUGUUCGUUGAUUUGUUUGGGUACAGUUUGUUUGGGCUACAUAUACCCUCAGUUUGUGACCUCACAAUUCCGUUUAAUCCAGUCAUAUCCAAAUGAUAUGCAAAUUACGGCGAAUGAAUGAUCAUGUUCUCGACAUGCAGAAUCUGCAUGCUAAGCGAGCGAGCUAGCUAUUUAAUGUGGCUAACGUUAGCGGUGAGUAGAUGGCGGUUGCCAUGGUAACGUUAAAAUAGAUCCCCGAUUGCUCGGCCAAAAUCAAAUCAGCGAGUGAUGUGAGCUAGUUAGCCAAACAAACAGAGUUCAUUAUUUUGUGAUGAGAGGAGGGAUUCGAGACCGUUUCCUGUUUGCAUAUUCAUAGAUUGUGUUUGUUUGUUUUUUUUUAAUUUAUAAAAUCUAGAUGUUUUCUGGAAGGGGGUAAAGUUAUCUAACAUGAACUCUGGGUGUUUGUACUUGUACACCCAGACGUGUGUGUGUGUGUGUGUGUGUGUGUGUGUGUGUGUUGUCUUUUGUCUUUAUCUAAUCGAGCCGAGACGUUACACAACUGAACCCGUUCACCCCCGGUUCUCUGCACUCAUCUGUCUCUCGGUGCUAAUGAGAGUGUUCCAGCUGUCCGCCGCACUCUUCCACCCUACACACACACACACACACACACUCACUCUCUCUCUCUCUCUCUCUCUCUCUCUCUCUCUCUCUCUCUCUCUCUCUCUCUCUCUCUCUGAACAAGACGGAGAACACAAACGCUCACGGUCCGGAUCAUUCACCCCGAUUUAAAGAACCGUUCUUCUUUUACUCGUGUUCUCACGCUCUGGACGUAAUCAGAGAGAGCACCGUGGUAGCUAACGAAGCGUGACGUUAAUUACUGUAGAUAAAAGUCUACACACCCCUGUUAAAAUGGCAGGUUUUUGUAAAAGAAUGAUACUAAAAUCAAUCAAUCAAUCAUGUCAAUCACCUUCAAUCAUUCACCUUCAGUGUGAAAGGAUUUAUUACAAAUUGUUAGUAUACUCAAACUGUUUUUAUUGGGGGGGACAGUAACCUAGUUGUGUAAGUGUUCACCCCCCUAAACGAACACUUUGUUGAAGCCCCUUUUGAUGUUAUCGCAGCACUCAGUAUUUUUGGGGUAAGGGUCCAUCGGCAUGGCGCAUCUGAUCUUGACUUAGCGAUAUUUUCUCAAAAACAUCCUAGAUCCGUCAGAUCUCCUGUGCACAGCCCGCUUCAGGUCACGCCACAGGUUUAUAGUUGGAUUUAGAUCUGGACUCCAGAAACAUCGGUCGUCGUGUGGCGAAGCCGUUCUUUGUUGAUUUGGGUGUGUGCUUUAGGUCAUUGUCAGGGAAGGGGGAGACUCCUUUUCAUCUUCAGCUCUCUAGCAGACCCCUGAAGGUUUCGGAUUAAAAUCAGAUGGUAUUUGUAGCUAUACGUGAUUUUUACCUCCACUUGAUAAAAGCUCCAGUUCUGGCUGAAGAAAAUCAGCCGUAAUGAUGCUGCCACCACCGUGCUUCACCGUACACACUGCAGUGUUCUGGUGGUGUGAAAUUUUUUAUUAUUUAUUUAUUUAUUUAUUUAUUUUUGUGCCAAACACACCUUAUGGAAUUAUUACAGCUUUUGGAAUGGGUCUCCUCGGGCCAGAAGACCUUUUGCCACAGGGUUUGGGUGAUUUAGUUGAGCUUGGAUGUUUGGGUUUUGUUUUGAUUUUCUGAGAAAGGGCUUCUGUCUCGCCAGCCCACCCUGAGAGAUUGGUGUCACAUGCAGAGCGUGAUCAGUGCUCGUCAGAUGUUCCUGCAGCUCUUUAAUGCUGCCGCUGGUCUCUCUGUCUUGUGCUUUUUAUAAAUGUUGGAUGGACGUUCCUGUACUUGGUGAUGUCACUGUGGUGCUCCGUUUUCUCCACUUGUUGCCGAUGGCCUUCGCGGUGUUCCAUGCUACAUUGAACGUUUUGGACAUUCUUUUGUACCCCUCUCCUGAUGGACAUCUUUCACCAGGUGAGAUACCGUACAGGCUCUGUAAGCUCUGUGUGGUCCGUGUCUUCAGCAGUCGGAUGAAACAAGAAGAUGUGGAGAAAGUCCAGUUACAACAGGAUGUGCUACAGGAUGUGCUACAGGAUGUGCUCAGUUUUUCUCCAGUUCGACUUUUAUGCGUCUGUACGUUCACGUUGGGGAAAAAGUUGACCGGAUUUAUCUUGGUUUCAUUUUCUUACAUCACAAAAACCCGCCAUUUUGACAGGGGUGUGUAGACAUUUUAUAUCCAGUGUACAUGGCGUAAUGCACGUCAGGGGGAAGCGAUCGAGUUCACCAUCAUGUAGCACAGCAGAUCUGUCAAUGUGACCUAAUAUAAAAAAGUGUCAGUAAAUCACGAAGGCGAAAAAAAGCCGUUUUUUCCAUUCGGAUGGUCUCGGUACUGGAUCCCGGAAAUCCGUCGUGCUUGUGAAGUUUCGCUGAGAGAAAGACCGCGCCACUGCGAGAUGAUGUAUUUGGGGUAAUGUUUGUACUCUGGCUACGGAUUCGUGGGGGUCACUGUGAGGAUUUUAUACGGAUGGGAUAGAAACGAGAACUGAAGUCUGCGGCUGUCGGGUGUCUCUCUUCGGAAGACUACACGUUAGCUUAAAAUAGCACGCCGAGAGAGAGAGACGAGCAGAGGAGGACGGACAGACAGACAAAUGGAGGGAGAGACAGACAGAUAAAUGGAGGGAGAGACAGACAGAUAAAUGGAGGGAGAGAGGGACAGACAGACAGAUAAAUGGACAGAUGGGGGGGCAGCCAGAGACAGAUAUAUGGAGAGGACUGGGAGAGACAGAUAGGUGGACAUGGGGAGAGGGACGGAGAGAAAGAGACAGAUAAAUGGACAGAUGGGGGAGAGAGAGACAAAUGGAGAAGAUGGGGGGAGUGAAAGAGCAAGACGGUGAGAGUGAGAAAAAGGGAUACAGAGUGAGAGAGACGGGUGGAUAAGAGACCGACAUGGAGAGUGAGACAGACAGAUGGAUAGAGAGUGAGACAGGGGGAGAGAUUUGGAGAGUGAGACAGACAGAUGGAUAGAGAGUGAGACAGGGGGAGAGACGUGGAGAGUGAGACAGACAGAUGGAUAGAGAGUGAGACAGGGGGAGAGAUUUGGAGAGUGAGACAGACAGAUGGAUAGAGAGUGAGACAGGGG